AUGGAAAUAGAGGGUAUGGAGACAACACAUGAAGAUACAAAUCUUGAUUCUGAAGUGUUGUACAUAAUGAAUAUCUACACACAGGAAGUAAACAUUGCGUUUGAUAAGGAAUCAAGUGAGAAAAGCGAUGUGGCAACUGAGCCAUUGGUAGAAGACACAAUCGUUGAAACAAAUGUUGAAGAUAUAGUUGAAGACAUUGAAAGGAGUGAGCAACAAACUGAACAGACAACGGAUACAAGAAAGGCAGAUACCAUAGGUAUACAUAUUGAUGUAUCUACUGAGCAACCGACAUCUAAUGAGACUGAAAAACCUACUGAGUCACUGCCAGUAGACAGUACUGAGGCACCAUUAGAGAAACUAGCAGAGACACACACAGAGAAAUAG